AUGGAUAAUGUCCUGUCACCAUCACACGAACACAACGACAAGAAAGAAGAUGCCUAUGAGGCAAGGCAGAAGGCGGAUUCUCUCGCUGUAGAGGAGCCGGGCCACCUCCCGUCUACCCAACGCGCCCUCCAGGCCCGCCAUGCCCUCUUCAUCGCCUGGGGAGGCACCGUCGGCACCGGCCUGUUCAUCACCACCGGCAAGACCCUGGCAACCGGGGGACCGGCAUUCUUGCUCAGCAGCUACAUCUUCAUAUCCAUCCUGGUCUACUUCAUUCUCACCCAGGUGGUUGAGAUCGCGACGUUUAUUCCUGUCCGCGGAGGCUCAAUGAGCCGGUAUGGUCGACGCUUCGUGUCCAGGAGUCUAGGGUUCGCGAUGGGCUGGCUCUAUGUUUACUCCUUUGCGGUUCUCGUUCCAUUCGAACUGACGGCGUGCGCUAUCCUCAUUGACUUUUGGCAGCCGGGGAUCAACAGCGCGGUUUGGAUUACUAUUCUCCUGGUGUUACUAGUGCUUCUCAACGUCCUCCCCGUGCGAUUCUACGGUGAGGCCGAGUUCACCUUCACCGGCUUCAAACUCGCCACCAUCAUCGGUCUUCUCUUGCUCUCGUUCAUCCUGUUCUGGGGAGGAGGACCUCACCGCGACCGGCUUGGGUUCCGGUACUGGAAGGAUCCCGGCGCCACAAAGACCAUGAUCCUAGACGGGGACGUGGGCCGGUUCAUUGCCGCCAUCGCGACAAUCCUCAGCAGUAUCCUUCCCUUCUCCUUCACACCAGAGAUGGUCGUCGGUACCGCCGCCGAGAUCAUCGAGCCCCGGAAGAACGUUCCCCUCGUCGCAAAGCACUUCACCUGGCGCCUCGUCACUCUCUUCGUCGGCAGCGUCCUCGGCAUCUCCGUCAUCUGUCCCUCGAAUGCGUCCACAAUCACCGGUGGCAGCGACGCCGCAUCCUCCCCAUGGGUCGUGGGGAUCCGUCUCGCAGGGAUACACGGACUCGACAGCGUCAUCAACGCCGUGGCCCUCACCGCGGCGUGGUCAACCGGCAACGCAUUCCUCUACCUCUCCAGCCGUUCGCUCCACUCCAUGGCGAUGGAAGGCAGCGCGCCUCGAAUCUUCCAGCGAUGCACCGCGAAGGGAGUCCCUAUUUACGCUGUUGGUGACACAUCCUGUAUCUCACUCCUCGCCUAUCUGACCCUCAACUCGUCCUCCGCGCGUAUCCUGAACUAUCUUGUGAAUGUAGUGAACACAGGCGGGUUCCUAUCAUGGGUCUGCUGCUCGAUCACCUAUCUACGUUUUCGAAAGGCCUGUGAUAUCCAGGGGAUUCCGGCGUCCGAACUCAUGCAGAGAUCGAUUUUCCAGCCCUACGCGUCGUGGAUCACGCUGGUUCUGUUUAGUAUACUGUGUCUGCUCAAUGGGUUUACAGUGUUCUUUCCAUCGCAGUGGUCGGUGGCGGACUUUUUGUCGGCUUAUAUCGGCUUGCCGGCGUUUUUCGUUUUGUAUUUCGGUCAUCGAGUUAUGUAUCGGGAUGAGCCUUGGGCUAUCCCGGCAGAUCUAGUGGAUUUGCAGCCGGGGGAUGAUUGA